AUGACAAGGGAGGAAAAGUCACAAGGCAAAAUAAAACCACCUGAUUUUGAACAUCCCAGAGAUGAGGAAGAUCAGCCGGUGAAGGUCACAGCUGCAUCCGAGAACAAUGACUCGAAGCACAUUUCAGUUUUUUGCUCUGCAUGUCAGCAAACAAUACCUCCAUACCACCUUCUUCAUCAUAAAAAAACCCACAAAGCCCUAACUUUGCUGGGCUUUGAUAGCCCACAGACAAAGAUUAACAUGACAACACUUUUAGCUCAGAGACAGAAACUAAUUUCAAAAUUGACCAAGACUCCUAAAUACUUUGAGACACAUAUGCAGAAGAUUGAUUAUUCAUUUCAAUUCCUUAUGGAUAGUCACAUUCCUACAUCAUAUUGUAAUCUUGCUAAUAUUAACACUCCUAGUACUUUUAAGAAAGUAAAUAAUUCUUUAAUAAAAGCCUUAUCAAUUUGCCAGGAUAAAAAUUCCACAUGGCAGAGAGAUAUGCAAGACAGAUUUAUCGUGCUUGACAACUAUGGAAAUAGGUCAGAUACCUGUUUUCUGGGGCUGGUUGAUGGCUGUCACGGUGCGACUGCUGCAGAAACAGUUGCAGCAGAGCUCCCACUUUUAUUUCUUGACCAGCUUGCUCAAACUGAUCCCUCCUACAAAAAGAGCGAGGGUGAACAGCAAAUUCUAGAUUCUUUUGCCACGGUAAUCAAGGCAGAUUACAGGGAAAAAGAGAAGGUUUUCUCUGAUAAACCAGGCAAUGAUGAGACCACCAAGACCAACACCUACGAAUGGAUUCACAAAGCCUAUGCCAAGUCCUUCUGGAGAAUGGACAGGCUUUUACGACUGGGAAGGAAUGAGGUUUCCAAAGUUCGCUGGAGUGGCUGUUCAGCUGUUACCUGUUUGGUGGAGAGAAUCCCCAGCACAGAGACAGAUGGCACUGAGGAGGAACAAAGAAAACGUUCUGACAACAACCCACACAGUUCACUAGCCAGGACAGCCAAAGGUGUCGCUGGGUUACUGCACGUUGCCAAUACAGGUAAUGCACAUGCAGUCUUAUGUAGAAAUGGAGAGAGUCACUGCCUCUCAACAGAGCACAGCACGUGGAACCCCAGCGAGAGAGCGCGCGUCCUGCAGAGCGGCGGGAGCAUCAGCACCAACGCACCGCACGGGCUGGUGGAGGGAUGCCUGAGAACUACCAGGGCUCUGGGACAUCACGGAGAUCCAGUACUGAAAAGAUCUGUCAUUCCUGUCCCUCACAGUAUCUCUGUCCCUAUCGAUGAUACUUGUCAGUUUCUUAUUUUAGCUUCUAAUGGGCUUUGGGAGGUUUUGGAUCACAACAAAGUACUUGCAUUAACUCUAACAAUAUUCACUCGUUACUUGAGAAUCUAUGAAUGUGUUCAACAAAAUGUGACUUCACCAUCUAAGUGUCAGUAUGGGAUGCCUCUCGCUGAAGAAAACUUAAAUGCCUCAGAGACUAUUAAAGAUCUGCAAGAUGGAAGAGAGAUACUUUAUUCCAGGAAAGACAUUUUUCUUACUGACUCAAAGGGCAAUCUGAAACAAAAUGAGUCAAAGUGUUCUAGAAGGAACUAUUUGCAAACUGAAGAUGGAGUUCCUAAGGAAACUGACGACCACAAAAAUCAAGCUGAUCCAGAACUGUCUCUUUUCAGGAAGAACAAAGUAAAUUCACAGCACGGAGAGAUAUACCGGUCAGAUUCUAGCGCACAAGGUGGCUCUGAAAAAGAUCAACAGUUUGAGGACAGAAAAGUUUAUCUAUGUAACAGUUUUCAGCCCCAGUCACAGACUGCAGAACAAGAAGAAACUGACAGUUCCUGGGCAACAGGUCUAAGCUGCACCAGUGAACAGCUGCCAGAAAAUGUGGUGGCAGUAGGGUCUACAGCCAUGAAACAGCCCCUAAAAGAUACAAAAGCAUGCCUGUCUAAUUACGACUCAAGUCCACAACUGGCAGAAAAAACAUACUUCAAGGUACUUUGUGACAAACCUGCAAGUUACGUCAGACAAGAGCUGCUAAAAACUGUGCCACCAGUGGGUUCUACAUCACCACCACAGUUUGAAGAGGAUGCAGAAAUGUACAUGUCCAACUCCAAAUCACAAACUGCAGGAAGAGGCAGGGCCCUCUCCGAGACACUCUACGACAAGGCAGCAAGCUACAUUAGCCAACAACUGGUCAGGACUGCAUUAGCUGCAGGUUCAAGAGAUAACAUCACUGUUCUGGUUGUACUUCUGAAUGGAUGUGAUAAGAUACCAAAUUACGUCAACAUUUAA